GGAUGGAGUAACGGCAGCACGAUGGUGUCCACCAUGACUGAAGACGGUGUGAUCAACUGCACCAUCAGCCAUGAGAUCCACCAGUACCUCUUCUCCUCCGUCUACAUACUCGUGUUGUUGGUGGGUGUUCCCGCUAACCUGUACUCUCUGUACCACGCUGCUCAGCAGCUGAAGCAGAAGAACGAGCUGGGGAUUUAUUUAUUGAACCUCACGGUGUCUGAUCUGUUAUACUUGGCAUCUUUACCGCUGUGGCUGCAGUACAUCUUCCAGGAUGACGACUGGAGUCACAGGGAAUGGUUGUGUCAGCUGUGUGGGUUCCUGCUGUACGAGAACAUCUACAUCAGCAUAGGCUUCCUGUGCUGCAUCAGUCUGGACCGGUACCUGGCUGUGGUCCAUCCUUUAAGGUUUACCCCUCUCCGCUCAAUGCGUGCAGCUUGGAUCGUGAGCGCCAUCAUCUGGCUGAAGGAGAUCGCAGUCGGUGUGGUUUUCUUCCGUCACAAAGAGCUGAGCAGAGACCGAACCAACCAGUCGGUGUGCUUUGAGCACUACCCAAUGCAACCGUGGGAAUAUCCAAUCAACUACUACCGCUUCUUCAUCGGCUUCAUGUUCCCGCUGGCCAUCCUGACAGUCAGCUACCUGUGCGUCCUGCGAGCGGUGGGCCGCAGCGCGGGAACUCAACCAGACCAGAAGACGAGGAUCCGACAGCUGGUGAGCAGCACCAUACUCAUCUUCCUCGUCUGCUUCUCCCCGUACCACAUCUUUCUUCUGGUGCGGACGCUGCUGGAGCGAGACUGCAACUUCAUAGCAGGGAUAUUCAACUACUACCACCUGUCAUUGCUGCUGACCACCCUGAACUGUGUGGCCGACCCAGCGCUUUACUGCUUCGUCAGCGAGAGCGCCCGGCGGGGCCUGUACCGAGUUAUCGUCCGACCUGCUGCCAGGAUACUCUGCUGCUGUUGUCGCCGCGGCCACGCCAGCCCCGCCAAACCAGCCAACGACUCCCAUGAGGUGGCCACGGACGAGAACAAUGGCCACCCGACCGUGACGCUGCUCACGCACACCAGCGCGCACAACACCAAAACUGACUUCUGCAAAAACAUCACCUUGAAUGCACAGACUGAUAACAGAACUGUCAUACCAUUGUUGAUAACAAGUAACAAACUCUCAAUUGAGAAGCUCGGAGAUGGAAAAUCCAGCUGUGUGGUGGCUGUGAAGGAGAAGGAACAAACGACAGAAAGGAUCGAGGAAACUGACAAGAAUGCCUGCUGAAAGGACCAAUCAGGGACCUGCAGAGGAAAACGACGACUACACAUCGGACAUUAUGGGCAGGUUUCCAUUAGUGGGGGUAUAAGGUAGUUUUGCUGAGGUCUCAACUGUUGAUGCGGGUAUUCAUUAGCAGAACCUUUUAGGAUCUUCUACAGGGCUGAAACAAGUCCCUGGGUUUGGUAAUUCAACGCAACCCUGAAAAAGCUGCUGGGCAGGGUGUGAUGGUGAUUGGGUAACCUGUAGGCAGGCGGUGAUGCCCAACCCUCUUCCAUGUCUGCUUUAAUUACAAGUUGCCUCUUCUCGUUCAUCACCAGUCUCACAGAAAAUUUAAACAACAGAGAAUGCAGAAACUGUA